AUGUCAGAAAGUAGUACCUUAAAAUUACGCCCCACUUCGCCGCUAAGUGUUAAUAGAAAUGUUGCACUAAAUUCUGCAUUGUCAUGGAAAAUAUGGUUAAGAUUAGAGGAUUAUGAAGAAUCGAUCAAUCAGGCAUUUUCCUUACAGUUCGGUGAAUUGGAUACGAUUGAUGAUUUAAAGACAAAAAUUUUUGAAAAUCUAAAUACAAUUAGAUGGUCAAGAGUUAAUGAUAAUGCAUCAAUUGCGCUGGGGUUUUACUGUAAUAGGACUGACUGGGAACCCGAUAGAUUUUCUCCGAUACAAAGAUUACCGACUAGUCCAGUAAAUACACUAUUUGGUAAAAGUAAACCUUUACAACAACCUAGUGCCGCAUCUACCAAAAGAAGUUUCGCAGAUAAUGAUUCGAAAAGUGGUAGUUUAAAUACAAGUCCCAGGAUAUCUGCGUCUGGGAGUCCAAAAUUAUCAGCAGUUCCUCGAUUGCCUACCGCCCGUUAUGGACCAAAUAUAGGUUCACCUUUCUUAAGCGUCCAAAAUGGUGGUGUAAAUAACAAUGGUGGCAGUAAUGGUGUUGGAAGUACUGGUUUGGCAAGAUUACCUGGCGGUGUUGCCCCGACACUAUCACCUCUACCGUUUAGUGGUGGUAGACUUGCAUUAACAAGUUGGUCAAAGAAAGAUCUAAAACACAGUGUAGAGCCUGUUGGUGAUUCAUUAUAUCGAAUUCUAUUUGAACCCGAUGAAUUGGUGUUGACCAUUUAUAACGAAUUAUUUGGACACUUGGGGUCUCAAGCGGCCUCAGAUGCUUUACUUGUAUUUUGCAACGAUAUUAUACCAAAGCAUGAAAUGCUUCCAGCAAGUGCAAUGGAUGGUCCAAAUUUUGCUUCGAAUCAACUCACGCAAGAAUUACUCAAUUCACAAAAUAGGAAAAGGGAACAAGAAGGUCUUCGAUUGGAUACACGAGAUCCACAUGACUUGUUACAACCGGGAUUAGAGACUCCACCAACAAUCGGUGCUCUAAAUCCUGGAGAUGCACCACCAGAACUAGUGUUAGAUGAUACAGCAGCACAGUUGGCUCGUGAAGAGAGUGAACGUGAAUUCCAACUAAUUACUAAUGAAGAACAAUUACGCAAAGUUUCUCAAAGCAUGCUAGAUGAGGAUAAUCCUGAUUCACCAAAGCAAGCAAUCCUAUUGCUCCCGAAAAAUUUUGAUGGUGAUGUGAAUUUUAAUGAAAGCCCUUCCAAAAUGUCGUCGAGACCAUCAUCCCCACUAACAACUGUUGGUGAUACUAGUAAUGAAAAUACGGAUUCCAACAUUAAUAUUGGAGGUUUCAAUGGCGACAACAAUAAUAUUAAUGCUAAUAUCAAUACCAAUACGCAUAAUUAUAAGAAUAACGACAACAACAAUAACAGUCAAGAAUCACAAUUAUCAAUGCCCCUAGUUGACAGACCAAGGACAGACGAUAGUUUAAUGCAAUCCCAUGCGCCAUUGAUUGAAAAGGAAGUUGGUAUGGUUCAUCCUUUAUUAGAAAAUGAUCGUAAGAAAGGGUUAUCUAGUCCGACAUCACCUUUACUCCCUCGAAACCCACCACCCAAUUUCAACAGACUAUCGCGAAGUUUUGCCCCUAAGAAUGGGUCUUCAAGAGAAAAGCCAUUUCCCGGUGAAUGGUCCGCCACUAGCGAUAAAGUCUUUCCUAAGAUAAACGUUUUAAUUGUAGAGGAUAAUGUCAUUAACCAAACCAUUUUAAGUUCUUUUUUGAGAAAACACAAAAUUUUCUACAAAGUGGCUAAAAAUGGUCAAGAGGCAAUAGAUGUUUGGAGAGAAGGUGGAAUUCAUUUAAUCUUUAUGGACCUACAGCUGCCAGUUCUAUCUGGUAUAGACGCAGCUAAAAAGAUUAGAGAAUUGGAAAGAGAGCAUGGAAUUGGAAUCCAAAAGAGCAGGAAAACUCCUCAUAUUGAAUCGAAUAAAAUCAAUAAAGAUCAAAUCAACGCUCCCGUAAUCAUUGUAGCAUUUACCGCUUCUAAAUCUCAAAGUGAUAAAAAAGAAGCUCUCAUCUCCGGUUGUAACGAUUAUCUGACCAAACCUGUUAAUUUGCAUUGGUUGAGCAAUAAAAUCAACGAAUGGGGAUGUAUGCAAGCAUUAAUUAACUUUGACAGUUGGAAGGAGGGACAAAGUAGAAUGACAGAUAAUGUCUUGGUUAAAGCCCCCUCUCAAAGAUCCGUGAAAGCGGUAUCUGGGAAUCCAGAUAUCAAAUAUAGAAUGAAUCGAAGAAGAAGUCGAAGUUCAAGUACUUCUUCCCAAUCCAAAAUUUCAGAGGCAUUACGUUUAGCACCAUAA